UCUGUAUGAAUGGACGGGGCAACAAAACCAGUGCUUGACGCGUGGUUUGAUGCGUAUCAGAAAGUGGUUCAAGAACACGGAAUCGACCAAAAAGACAUAUAUAACAUGGACGAGUCUGGAUUUUCGAUUGGGACAAUGAAGUCAACACGUAUAAUGUUGAGAUUUUUGGCCCUCUCAAAAAAACGGCUGACAGCGGCACUAUCGCACUUGAACCAAGCACAACUCGUACGAAUACAGAAGUACGAGUGGAUGGAAGCAUAUAUUCGAGCACGAUCAGAUGUAUGCAAUCGUCAGAACAUUGAAUCUGCCUGGCGCGGUGCUGGUUUAAUCCCAUUCAACCCACAAAGAGCACUUCGUACGAUGGCCCGCGAUGCAACACCCGAGCAAGAAAGACCAAGAACACCAACCCAGUUUGAUAUUUUUAAUCAAGUCUUUGUAAAUAGCUCGCCACCUGAUCCAGCGAUACUGCGAGAUGCGAAUAAGCUACUUAAUUCAACAAUUAAGGACCAUACGACUGUUGCAACACCAGUCCGCAGAUAUAUCCAAAAACUGACAACCAGAGUAUAAGGAUUUUUUUUAUUAUGCUUUUUUGGCAUUCUCUCUUUGAUUACCUAUUACAUAUAUAUGUGGUGUAUUAAACAGUGGGACUGAGCAAAUUCAUGCGCAAAGUAUCGUCCACCAACAUGAUGCCAACAACUUACGGUCUAUGAUAAAGAAGCGUGCGACCCGUACGAAGGGAAAGAGGGUGGUUUUAAAGGGCCAUUUCCAUAUCUCUACGCAAGAAUUAUGCGAUGCAGUGGUGGAGGCUGAGAAUGCUACAAAAAGUCAAGGUAGGAAAACACGAAAGGGAAAGGGAAAGGCAGU